GAAAAACUCUCCAAGCUCCAAAACACCUACCACACCUCUCCCUCGGGCGACCUCUGCGACUCCAUAAUGCAAACCUGUUUUCUCCCCCGCUCCCGUAUCUUCCCCUCCUCUUCCACGUCCUCGCCCCGAACCAUGCACGUCAUCGACCUCUCGAGCUACUUCACCACCACGAACCCGCUCUUACACGCCGCCCACCCGCGCCUCUGCUCCGCCAUCGCCACAAUCCUCAGCCACACAAACCCCGCCUGCAUAACCGCCUUCCUCAACCCACGCAUCCAAGAAUUCAUUUAUAAGCGAGAAGUCCAAGGACGCAAAGGCGGAACCACCUUGUUAAUCCGCCGACAUCACAACACCAUCAUGGCAGGAUCAUACCGUAACCUCGGUUUCUCGCUCCAAUGGAGGUUGUAUGUCAGAAGCAGGUUUAAUGCGCUGGGCCAGUGGUACGACGAGUAUGCUGCGCCUACGUGUGGGGCUACGCCGGUGGUGGGUGGCGGGGAGGUGAUGUGGGAUGUUUUCACGCCUGAUGGGGUGAUGUCGGGUGAUGGUGAUGAUGAUGAUGGGGAGCAGAGGAUGCGCUGUGCCAAGAAGGAUGGUGGUGCGGAUGCGGAAUUCCGCGGAGGUGGGGGGUUGGGGGUGAAAGAAGAUGGAGAUGGUGAUGAGGGGGAGGAGGAAGAGGGAAGGGAGGCGAAGUUCGCGUUAUAUCAGAGUAGAAUACUCGCUCGGUAUUUGCUGUGGGAUGUUUGGGUAAGGUUGGAGGGUAGGUACGAGUGCAGGGCUACGUGGGAGGCUGAUGGGAAGGUUAACACUGUGAGGUUGAAACGGGGACUUGUUGGAUUUGAUGAUGAUGAU